AUUGGAAGAUGGGCCGAAAAAUAUGAUCCGUGACUCAUCGGGCUCACCAUCCAGCUCAUCUCCAUCCAACUACCGGCGUCCUCCGCUCGCCGUCGCCGUCGCCGUCCUCGCCUGCGGCUGCUUCGCGCUCGCCCAGUCGCCCCUCGACCGCGCUGAGCGAACGGCAUGGAGCUGAGCAGAGGCAUUAUCUCAGCUCCACUCCCGCAGCCAACGCUGCGGACGGCGCCCGCCCCGCGCCUCGGCCGCCGGCUUCCCUUCGGAGCCUUGUCACCGCCGCAACCGCCUUCCGAUGUGCGAGAGCAUGGAUGCUGCGUCAGCAGGGCGCUGCGGCCGCGGCAUGAGUGGGUGGAGGGCUGGGUACGGAGCAACGACACGCUCGUCCGCAGCCUGCCCAUCCUCGUCGGCGGCGCCUCCCUCGUCGCUGUCCUCCUCAACCGUGCCGUCUCCGGAAUUGCCGCCGUCGCCGACGCCUCCAGUUCGCAGUCGAGGGCCGACAUAUUGACCCUUGCUCUCUCCGUGACUGACAUUCUUGCCGGCCUCGUUUGGUUGUCCAUCCGGCCGAAAUCCAUUUCUCCGGUGGUUCCUCGAGGUGUCGAAUGCAAACGAGUUGGUCCUGGUGUGUCAAGUUCUGCUCUUCAUGAACUACUUUGGACAUGGGAUUCCCUCACUACUGCAACUUGUUGCAAAUCACUGGUUGUUGUGUAUGGAGGUAAUUGCAUUCUUCAAAUUGGGGUUGCUGCGGGAUCUCCUGAAGAUGGUAAUGCACUUACUGUGGAUACACAAAAGUUCAUCCAAGGCUCUCUUUACAAAAGUGCCAUGGAAUCCAAGAAGCAAUCUUAUCUGGCAAACCUUGCUUUGUAUCCUGGAAGGUCUGAGUUGCCCUUCUUGCCUGCUAACACACAGGCACUAAUAUUACAACCAAUUGGUGAUAAGGGAAUUGCAGUUGUUGGUGGCGAUACUAUAAGAGGGUUCACUAGUAUUGAUCAGGCAUGGAUUGCAAUGAUCGCAGACAAGUUGGAUGCCACACUGUCGAAGUCUUAUAACCCUUAAGUACUGGGCAGAUUAUCGGAUGUUUGGUUCACCAUCGCCUGUCUCCUGCAAGUGAGGACAUCGUCCUUGUCUGACGUGAUAAUUCAUCAAGCAUACAUGUGGACGGCUGGACGCUGAAUAGCCUGAACCAGAGCCCCUAUAGUCAAAGCUCCAAAUAGUGCAUGUGCAGGUAGUGGCGAAUUGGUGAAACUAACCUGUUCAGUUGGGUCUGGCCAUCAGGUUUAUCAUUGUUUGGUCACAACACUGGGACUGCUUUCUGAAGAAUUGAUGGUUAGUUCAGGUCUCAAUGUCUGACAAAACAUAGCCACAUAACUAAUGGCUUUACGUGUGUUUGCAUAUAUUCAUUCCUUUUGAGUACACGCAAAGCAAGACGGCUAAUGACAUAAUGUGUUGUUUUU